UUUGAACCAUUCGUUUUACCUGUCUGACCUUGACAGUCGUUCUUGUUGUGACAAGUAAUUCCAAGCCUUUUGCUGAAUUCAACACGUCGUGUCACGUCAUUCGCACACUAUAACUUUCAGUAGCCUGGUGGUUAGAUUAGCCUCACUGGAAGUUGCUAAAUAUUUAAAACAUUUUCCGUUCCUGUCUGGAGGAUUUGGUGAUCCCCUGCUACUAGACACGGAAGCCUGUUAAGCGAAAGCUUCUAUUCCAUCCACAACCAUUUGAAGCAUUUAAAAAUGAGUACAAAUUGUAGGCAAGGGAAAGUCGAGGUUAGUGAUCACUCGCUAUUAUCUGAAUUUAAUCAAGAUGUUUGUCUUCAGCUUAUUAAUGGUCAGAAGGUCGGAAAGGAUUCUGAAGCCCAAAGUCAUAGUAUUUUGAGUAAUUAUUUCACUGAAGAAAUAAAUUCGGACGAUCCAUUCGGUUCUGUUUGUGACUCAAAUCCUAAUGAAUUGCCCAAAUCACCUAGCAAUACUGAUCUAUCAAAAUGCUCUCAGUUGGAUCCUAAACAAGAUGUAACGAGUUUGAACCGUCUAAGACAACGAGAUGCCUGGUUGCCUUCUGAAUCUACUCAAAAAGCAUUAUUGAGUCCAAGUCCCGAAAACAAGUUAGUUGAGGUAAAACCUAUUCUCAUGGGCAAAGAUUAUGAGAUUGGCGGUAGUGGUAGCACUUCUGCUUUUGAUCCAUUCCAUUAUUUGUUGGCUCAGUAUACGGGCGAUGAACCAAACGUUAAUGCAAUCCAACGGGUUCCAUCUAUUGAACUGAGGAGUCAAAGUGGUAAUGAUCUCAAAAAAUUAAUUAACAAUGGAUGGUAUACUUGUGCACUGAAUCUUACUUAUCGUAUUCUUUCAGCUGCUGGUUUUAAAAAUGACGAAAGUGAGGCCGUUUUAUCUCCAUAUACUGCUCAGAUUUGGUUGUGUCGAUUGGCCUUAUUAGUUCGUACGCAAAAUUAUAAAUUGGCUGAACAUGAAUUUGCUACUUUUCAUAACAUGGAAGCACCGAAUUUCUAUUUUGAAUAUUCUCCCCAAAGAUAUCCUGGACGGACAGGUUCUAUCAUUCCAUUUUCUUUAAGACUACUUCAUGCUGAAUUACCAUUUAAUUUAAAUCGUACAAAUGAAGCAUUAGAUCGUCUAUAUUACUUAUUAGCUAUUAUUGGUCGAAUUCAAAGUAAUUUAGAGAAAGGCUUUAGAGAGGAUGGUUCGAUAAGUGAACCAGAUCUUGUUUACCGACAAGCCUCAUUAAAUUUAUGGACUGCUCGUAAAAUUCGGGUACUUUCCAGCUGUUUAUCAAUAUUUCUACAUAAGUUAGAUUAUCAAUCAGCACUAAAUAUAGUACGUCAAUUAACACAUCUAUGCAGUGAUAAUCAGGUUGUGCUUAGAGGAUUCUGUAGUUUACUUGGUCGUGUUCAUUUGCAGUUUGGGGAUUUGCAAACGGCUAAAGCACUUUUCGACAGAUCGUUACCUAAUGCGGAAUUUCCACUGGGCUAUAAACUUCAAUUACUGAUUCUACAGAAUUUUCAUAAUGCGUUGUUAUCGAUUGGUAAAGGGGAAUAUGAAGAAGCGAGAAUGUUCUUUGAAACUGUUCUGCAAUUAGAUCCUACAAAUGUGGCACUACUGAAUACUGCGGUUCACACUUCGGAACUCAGUUAAUUGAUUGGUAUGCAUCUAGCUUCCGCACCAGUAGAAACUAGGACACAUUCAGACUUCACUCUCCGUAGUUCUUCAAAUCUCAUGGGUGAGUGCCACUAUACUUCAAACCAUAUUGUGGUAGUAAAUGUGUUUUCACUUUUAUGGAAAACACAGUAAGUUAGACUUCUGUGUUAAUUGUCAAUUUCGUACUGUGAAAGUAUAAAUCUGCAAUAAGGAUAAAUAUUUCUUAGGGAAGACUCUAAGUCAUGUAACCUGUGAGUAAAACCACGUAUCUGAUGUCUAAAGACUUGUGAUGUUUUCUGGACCAUUGUGUUUUAAAUUAGCAUCAACAGGACACUUUCAUCGUACCAAACUGAUUCCGUGAUUGUUGAUGACGAUCAAAUUUCACUCCUCUGUUGUUUAGAACAUUGAUAGUAAAAAUGGCAUAGAUUUGUCGUUAGUUCAGUACUCUUAUGCAAAUUAUUAAAACAAAAACUCAUGUGGCUAGACCUAUAAUAGACAGUAUGUUCUUUCCAUAACCGCAGCUCCUACUUUUCCAGACAGGCUGUUUGGAGAGCGGUAAGACUAAAAACAGCAAACCAAGGUGUGUGGAAGAAGUUGUACUACCGACUCUAUAAGGGUGUGGUAGAAGUUAUUUGUUCCUCCAGAACAGCCAGUAUUUACAGCGAGUCAAUGAACAUGAUAAAAAUGUACAUAUAUAUACAUAGUGAAAUGAAUUAAUCAUCGAAUCAAUUAAGCGACUAAAAUAGUAAGGCUAGUAGAAUGAAUGUAUAUGCGUAGGCAGUAAGCAAUGCUCAGGCAUACAUAUUCAUACAAGUGCAACAAUAAUAAAGGUACAAUGAUAUAAGUUGUUAUAGUACGGAUGACUCUGUCCGUUAAAUAAAUUAACAAAAGGGCUUAACCAAAUUAAAUGUGAACGUACUCAAUUGCACGUGAGCUGCUAUUUCCUUAAAUAUAACCCUUCUCACUUAUCUUUAUCACCACGUGCCACCAAUGCUAAUGACUGGAGUUAACGAAAUGUUGAUCUUGGUUUCUAGAAACCGGUCACAUGUUGGAGCUCUUGAUGUUCAGACCCUGUGUUAAAUAGAACAACAAGCUUCCUUGCCUAGGACUCCUGAACUCUGCGCAAUCGAUGUACGCCGCGACUGCAUUGCUACUUCCUAUGAACUAACUGGUGUAGGUAUAGCAUUAAGUUGAAAAGCAGAACAGGCUCUACUAGACUGGUGGUUUGUCCGACUGAGCAGUAUAGUCGGAACUCUGAAAGAUAAGAUAUCACACUUUCCUCGUCAUCUCUGCCUACGACCCCACUAAUCACAGUUCGGAUGAAAUAAUAGACGAAUUUUAUGAGAAGCUUUCUAGACUCCGUCAAAAAUCAAAACGCUUGGAUAUGGUGAUAGUGGUAGGUGAUUUUGUACCGAAAUAUGUAAACUAAAGCAAACUGAAAAGCACUUGGGACGGAUCUUACGAUGCUACGUCUCAGUACACUGAUAAUGGUGACAGCCUGCUGUCAUUGUGCUCAGAUAACCGUCUUUUCGGCAAGCACAAACUUUAAUUAUAAGUAAAGCAUCAUCUGAAUUUGCGACCCAUAUAAUUGACUGGACAAUGGACUUAAAUUGCCCACGUUGCCGUUAGCCAUCGUUGAAGAGGCUCGAUAUAAGACUGUCACCCAUUCUGAAGCGUGCAUUAUCCACGUCUUCAGUCAGUAACAACGUAGAACUUCGUACGUACGUACAUCAGUUCUAGUUGUCAUGGCCAUAACACUUUAGGAAACAGUUUAAUUGGCCUUAAACCGCAUUUCAGUUAUCCACUGUAUCCUAACGAUCUUACUGGCAAAUUGAUGCAAGUCCUCCAAAACUUAAUGAAACAAUAAGCAAUCUAUAACAAGCGGAAGCCUGAUAGACUAGCGUGAGAUUUUUGGGGAUGGUGGUCCAGUCUUAGCAGUUACUUGAUCUGAGCCCUUAGCUAAAAUCUGUGAAUUGUGCGUAAUCUCAUCUGACAAUUUCGAUCGCUGAUCGUCCCAAUUUAAAAGAAAGGAAAAAUCCUUUUGUGACAAUUACAGCAAAAUCAGUUUGACUAAUUUAAUGUCUAUAAUAUUAUCUACAAUGAUACUUUGACGCCUAACUAGAGCUUAUGAAGAGCGAAUGUGAGAAUGUUAGACUGGUUUCAGACGUAGACCUCGAUUUAUAGACAAUACUCAACGUUCAGCAGAUUCUUGGCACAUAGAUAUAGUUUUCGAUGUCCGACUACAGUUGUGUUCCUUUAUAUUAUGGUGGAGUUCUACUCUGUAGAUCGUGAUAUUCUAUGCCAACCUCUAUCAUUGACAAACGUACCGAAUAGACAGUUCUCUACUCGAUCGCUGCUGGUCGAACUUGGAUAUACCAAAAUUGCUAGGUGAUUUGGGCUAUGAAAAUAGCGUAAAGCUGUUAGAUAGGUGGAGAGAAAUCAUAGUGUAUACAUGUCUGUAUACGAGUAAACUUUAAUACUAUGUAACAAAUAUUUGUUGUUCCCCUUUUCUAUAAGCCCCAGUGUCAUCAACACUAAAACAAGAACUAGAAACUGUAUAAGCACAUUGAUAAAUAAGUAGUCAAAUAAAAGGGCUAAUCGGAGGAAAUUCCGUGAAAAAAAUAGGAAAGAUUGAAUGAGUAAACCAAACAUAUAACGGUGACUGGUUGCUGCAGCUAUCCUCGGACAAUUGUUUAUUUCUAGCAAGCACCAACUAUGAGCACGAUAUACGCAUUCGUCUGAUACGGCAACCGACUCAACGGUAGACCCAAAUAGAAUACAUUGCAAUCAGCCUCUGUUAGAGAAGCUCAAUAGAAGACCGACUCAUUCUGAAGCAUAUAUUUGGACCGAUGUACAUAUCUCCAACGUUAUACAUUGCAUUUAACGGACUGACUGUGCCAGUUUUUUUCAAUCAAUAAAGCUACGUUCGAAAUAGAUCUAUCGAAUGUAGUAAGCUUCCCAGCAUAUGUUCCUGCUAGCUGACAAUGAUCGAUAACUUUAUUGAUCAUUACUUUCUAUAUGCCGAUUUUAACGUUGUACGAUGGUAUCUAGGAAUCAUUUAGCCUCAAAGAAAUGGAUAUACAUUUCUUUUACUAAAUUGCUGUUUUCAAUGAGUCUCAUCACCUUAGGUGAAUAUAUAAAUAGUUUAUAAGAUUGACAUAUUCAUUUACAGUCGAAAAUUGAAGUUAACAGUCACUUUACCGUAAGUUGUCUAUGUUCAAUUUUUUUGCUAUACGAUCUUCCUCAUUUCAUUCAUAUUCCACAAUUCAGGCGGCCAAUAAUUUAGCUAUUUGUUCUUUAUAUGUUGGACGACUAUCAAAAUCAAUUGAAGUGUUGGAGGAUCUAACAACAACUGGACUAACUAGUCAACCAAUAAACAACUUAGGCGUUAUUACAACUGCUUCAACAACUACAGGAUUUUCUACAUCAUUCAUGUUCAAUGCACGAUGUCGUCGAUUCUGUCUACAUGAUGUAAUGAUUUCAAAUUUAGCUGUAUUAUAUGAGGUAGAGUCAGAUCUGGCCACAUUGAAAAAAGUUAACUUACUGAAAAAGUUGAUUGAAAUAUCUGGCGAACCAGUGCACAUAUCAUCAUUUAAAUUAUCUAUUAAACAAUAAAACAAUUAGUAUGUAAUAUUAACAAAUAUCUUCCAUUCUAAAUCACUUGAAUGAAAAAGAACAUUUAUUUGAUUGAUGCCUAUAAAAACAUAUUGUUAAAACUAACCUCCGAAAUUAUAUCUUAUAUUAGAACAUAGU